AAGACAGCACUAAAUAUUUCACUAAAACCCUAAAGAUAUGGUUUUAUCGAUAAAAUGUUCUUUGUUUGACUGUUGCCAUGGCAACAGCACUACACGCGCACAGGAGCGAGUCUCGAGGAUGUCUAAAAGUAAGCGGUGUAAUGUACGGCCUAUGCAUCAGACUACGCUCUGUCUGGGAGAUCAGACGCCCUGUUACUCCACGACACACUCCCAGAGUUUCUGUGGCAGGAGAGACGACGGACAGCCACUGGUCUUCCUCCUGAGGGAUCCGUGUUAUCCCUCGCAGCAUCACUGCAGUCUGCACCUCAGGAACAUCUCUGAAGGCAUCUCCUCGUUCUCCUCCACACACUCAAGAGACGUCCACAGCCUCAAAGACGUCACACCGCCUGAUGUGCUAAGGAGUCUCAGAACCAGGAACUGGACUCGGAACUGUGAAGGUCUGGCCAUGAAAGAAGUGACAACUCCUCCUGAAGAAACAGUCUACAGCAGCUUGUAUCGCUCAGAUUACUGCGCUGCUGAGACGAGCGCUCGGUGCCAGCAGGCUUCCGGUCGACCCUCAGACUGGCACAGGCACAACAUCCUCACAGGAGAGGAAAGUGCACCAGCAGGUCCUCCUCGGGAGCCAAAGAGGAACCGUGUAGAGAUGGAGAUCUUUCCUGCUCGCCGCUGGGACAGCGACUGCACCUCGCUGCGUCUGUACUGAGACACCUCGAGGUCACGGGAUGCACUUAAAUCACUC